AUGGGCAUGGAAAAUGGCAGAACCACUGACGAUGCCUCUGACAAGCAAAAAAUUAAAGAGAUUUAUCGUUACGAUGAAAUGUCUAAUAAAGUCUUAAAAGCAGACAAAAGGUUCCAAAUAUCUACAUAUGACCCCGUUAAAGAUGCAGAGAAAUCACACCCUAAAUCAUUAAGUGGGAGAAUAUCUUUGAAAGACAUGGGUACGAAUUUGACUCAUGACUUACUUGAUGAGGAAAAGGAGGAAGCUAUGAAAAAUGUUAAAAGACAACAAGAAAAAGCUACAAUCAUAACACAAACGAAAGUAAACAAUAAUAAUAAUCUUUUGCUAAAUAGGCAGAGACAAAAUGAGUCUACCCUUUUGGAUCUGGAUUCUGUGUCUCCUUUGAAAUAUUAUCCUUCAACAAAUGAAAAUUUAGCUCAUUAUGAUGAUGUUAUCCAAUGGGUAAUCGACUUAUUGGGGAAUGAUAUACCACAUGAUAUUAUUAGUGAUACUGCAGAUGUUUUGAUUUGUUCUUUGAAAGAAAAUGAUGACGAACUAGAUGGAUUUAUAGAUAAGAAAAGAAUUGAACUGCAAAAUGAUAUUGGGUUCGAUAUUGAACCUUCAAAAUUUAUUGAAUUGGUUAAGAUUACUAAAAAUAUUACUGAUUUCAACAAAGACGAAGAACGUGAGGAGGAAAUAAUUACUGAAAAUGGAGUGAACGAUCGAGAUAAUAUCAUAAACGUCUUGGCGAACGCUGACGAUGACUCUGAAGGAGAAGAGGCCGACGAGGAAGACCAAAAACUCUUAGAUCAGGUAAUUAGUGAAGAAGAGGGCGAAGAAGAAGCAGAAGAGGAAGAAAAUGGUAAAAAACAACCGAUGAAUAACAAGAACCUAAAAAAUAAAAGUCUUCUCCCAACAGACAACGAGGAUAUAGUAAUCAUGAAAGGUGAGAGUAGUACUUUUAUGAAUGAAGAUAUACAAAUAUAUGCAGUUGAUGAAUCGUUUUUAAAAAGGAAACUAUGGCAAGUAUUAGACACACAAGAUAUAUCGUUAAUAUCAAACACACAGUCUCAAAUAAUUGAUGAACUUAUGAAUACAGAAUACGAUACAACACCUCUGAACAUUAAUCUAACCAAAAUCUUAGGAGAAGACCAUGCAUCAUUUAUAAACUAUAUUAUACGUAAUAGGCUUCCAAUCAUUUGGGGUUAUAGGCUAUCGCAAAGCUCUGAAGAGAAUGCUACUAAACUAUUUGAAGAAAUGACUGCUAAUGGUCUCGAAGAUCUUGUCCAACAGUAUAAAUCUAGAAAAGCAAAUGUAUCAAAAAGAAGAUUAGAAGAUAAUGUCAAAACCGGUACAAAAAAAACUAAGAAAUCCAUGGAAGAUAAUAUAUUAGAUCUAGCUACUUUAAAGUUCGACCAAGGUUCAAAAUUAAUGACUGUAUCAAAAGUAUUGCUGCCCGAAGGCUCCUUCAAAAGAGUUAAACCACAUUAUGAUGAGAUUCAUAUUCCUGCCCCUUCGAAACCAACGAUAGACUACGAUUUGAUACCAAUCUCAUCUCUUCCGCAAUGGGCAAGAAAAUCUUUUCCAGCUGGUGAGACAGAUAGUUUGAAUCCUAUACAGUCUAAAGUAUUUCCAGCAGCUUUCAAAAAUGAUUAUAAUAUAUUACUUUGUGCGCCUACUGGUGCAGGGAAGACUAAUGUAGCCUUGUUGGCAAUACUCCGUAACCUCUCCCAUCAUUACAACGAACAAACAGGAAAACUGAAUUUAAAUCAUUUCAAAGUUGUUUAUAUUGCUCCAUUAAAAGCUUUAGUUCAAGAACAAGUUAGGGAAUUCCAAAGAAGGUUGGGUUAUUUAGGUAUCAAAGUUUCCGAAUUGACGGGGGAUACGAGAUUAAAUAGACGAGAAAUAUCAGAAACUCAUAUUCUGGUGUCAACUCCUGAGAAAUGGGAUAUUAUAACAAGAAAAGUUGAAGACACAUCCUUUGUUGAAGAAGUUAGAUUAAUUAUUAUAGAUGAAGUACACCUUUUACACGACGCGCGGGGACCUGUUAUUGAAUCAAUUGUUGCUCGUACGCUAUGGUCUCAGCAAUUACGAGAACGCCCAAGAAUAGUUGCACUUUCAGCUACAUUACCAAAUUAUAAAGAUGUUGGGAAAUUUCUACGAGUUCCCGCAGAUGGUCUGUUUUAUUUCGAUUCAUCAUUUAGACCUUGUCCAUUAUCCCAACAAUUUUGUGGUAUUAAAGAACAAAAUGCAGUAAAGAGACUAAGUGCAAUGAACCAGGCAUGCUAUGAUAAAGUUCUUGAAUCUGUCUCAGAAGGGCAUCAGGUAAUUGUUUUUGUCCAUUCAAGGAAAGAUACUGCAAGAACUGCAAAAUGGCUAAAGAAUCAAUUUACAGAAAGUGAUAACAUUAAUAAAAUAAUAAAAUCGGAUACUAGUUCCGUAGAAAUACUAAAAAGAGAAUCCGAAACCGUGCAAGACCUAAGCUUGAAGAGCAUACUAACGUCAGGAAUAGGGAUCCAUCAUGCUGGUUUAACCAGGGCAGACAGAUCACUUUCAGAAGAUUUAUUUGCAGAUGGUUUGCUUCAGGUCCUAGUUUCCACGGCUACAUUAGCAUGGGGUGUGAAUUUACCGGCACAUACAGUGAUAAUUAAAGGUACCGAAGUAUAUUCUCCAGAAAAAGGUAUAUGGGAACAGUUAUCCCCACAAGAUAUUCUUCAGAUGCUUGGUAGAGCAGGUAGACCAAGAUAUGAUACACACGGUGAGGGCAUAAUUAUUACAAACCAGCAAGACGUACAAUAUUACUUAGCUGUUUUAAAUCAACAGCUGCCAAUCGAAUCUCAAUUUAUUUCACGACUUAUAGAUAAUUUAAAUGCAGAAAUUGUCUUUGGUUCAGUCAAAAAUAUGAAUGAUGCUCUAACAUGGAUAUCGUACACCUAUCUAUAUGUUCGAAUGUUAGUAUCUCCCGAUCUAUACAAGGUACAGAAAGCAGAUGGUGAUGAUGAUUUGAAGGAAUUUAGAAGGCUUCUCUUGAACUCAGCUCUUCAAACUUUAAAUAAACAGGGGCUUAUUAUAUAUGACAUGGGCAAUGAUACUAUGAAAUCUACAGAACUUGGACGUAUUGCUUCGUAUUUUUACAUCAAACAUACGUCUAUCGACGUUUAUAAUAACGAGCUCUCAGAACAUAGUUCCCAAUUCGACAUAUUUAGGAUAUUUGCACUUUCAGAUGAAUUCAAAUAUAUAUCGAUUAGACAAGAGGAAAGAAGAGAGCUUAAGGAACUAUUCGAAAAAGUUCCGAUACCAAUACGAGAAACGAUCGAUGAGCCUCAAGCCAAGACAAAUAUUCUGCUUCAAUCAUAUAUUUCGCGGUUAAGAUUUGAUGGGUUUGCAUUAAGGGCCGAUAUGAUUUUUAUUCAACAGAACGCCGGUAGAUUGUUAAGAGCAAUGUACGAACUGUGUUUAAGGCAAGGCUGGUCACGUUCAACCAAGAUACUUUUAAAUCUCUGUAAGUCAGUUGAGAGACGACUAUGGUAUACAAAUUCACCGCUCAGACAGUUUCCUAAUUGUCCCCAAGAAGUUAUUAAGAGAACAGAAAGCUCCACUCUUCCAUGGAACGAUUAUUUAAAUCUGGAGUCACCCGCGGCUGUUGGACGUGCAAUAAGAUCAGAGAGAAAUGGUAAGCACGUAUAUGACUUGAUCAAAAGAUUCCCUAAAGUAUCCGCUAAAUGUUCAAUUCAGCCCUUAACACCAAGCCUUCUCCGCAUUGAUCUAGAAAUAAUACCUGAUUGGGUAUGGGAUAAGAAUUUACACGGAAAUAGUGAGCCCUUUUUAGUCAUGGUGGAAGAUAUUGAUGGUAACGGUAUAUUAUAUUAUGAAAGUGUUUUCAUAACACCAGACUUGAUUUCCCAGGAAUACGUCGUUGAUUUUUCAAUUCAACUGACACCAGCUCAACAAAAAAGACUUCCUCCAAAUUUCUUCGUAAACGUCAUCUCAGAGAAAUGGCUCCAUUGCCAUUACCAAAUUGCCGCUAUACUAGAUGAUGUCAGACUUCCAAAGAAAUUCCCAGCGCCUACAGAGCUUGUUAAUACAGAGCUCAUACCUGUUUCCGAUUUAGAAAAUGAAGGUUUCAACGAAGUCUUCGAUUUUACCAAUUUUAAUAGGAUCCAAAGUUCGAUGUUCAAUGGUGUAUAUAACUCAAAUGAUAAUAUUUUAAUAUGCACAGCAGAAGAAACGAAUAGAAUAAUAUCAGUUGAACUGGCAAUCUUAAAUCAUUGGAGGCAGAAUAAGGGAAGAGCACUUUUCAUUUGCCCAUCACAAGAAAAAAUUGAUUAUCUUCUUGAUAAAUGGCAAAAGAAGUUAUCAAACAUUGCGGGUGGUAAGAACAUAAACAAGCUAGAUGUUGACCUCACAUUAAAUCUACGUAUCAUAGCUAGGAACCACUUAAUUUUAACUACACCGGAACAAUUUAAUCUUGUUUCACGGCGUUGGAGGCAAAGGAAGAAUAUACAGAAGAUUGAGCUUUUUAUUUGUGAUGGCAUAGAUCAGAUUGGGAAUGGGAUCCCUGGAGCACUUUACGAAUCAGCUAUAUCACGUAUCUUAUUUAUGUCUACCCAAUUGGAAAAAGAAGUAAGGAUUAUUGCCACUUCAACGCCUCUUGCCAAUGCUAGGGAUUUGGCCGAAUGGAUAGAUGUAAAAAAAGAAGGUAUAUUCAAUUAUUCUCCUGAAGUAAGAGUUGAUCCUGUAGAAAUACAUAUCCAAUCCUUUGAUGGCACUUCCCGACAGUCAUACACACCAUCGAUGCUCAAAACUGUAUUUGAUAUAGCGCUUAAGACCUUUUCAGCUCAUUAUACUUCAUUGGUUUUUGUUGCUGGGUUAGAGGAAUGCAAAUCGGUUUGUUCCCAGCUACUAACAUGGAGCCAGCUUACUGAAUGGGACUUAUUAAAUACAAAUGUUGAGCAAAUUGAUUCUUAUUUGAGCAAAGUCCAUGAUUCAUGGAUAAAACGUUCGUUGAUGCACGGUAUAGGAGUAAUGUAUAAAGGCAUGCAACCAAAAGAUAGAAAAGUAGUACAGAAAUUAUAUGACUAUGGUGCUUUAUCAUUUUUGUUGGUAUCGAAAGAAUGCCAUCUUUGUUGCCCUAAAUCAAACCAGGUUUUUAUCUUAGGAACUUCAUAUUUCGAUGGUCAUGCUCACCGCUACAUUAAUUACACGUUAUAUGAAAUUCUAGGAAUGGUAAGCUCUGUUGGAAAGCGAGCUUUGGUAGAUAGUGGAAAAGCUAUAAUCCUUACAGAUUCAAAUAGAAAAAAUUACUAUAGAAAAUUUCUGGUGGAGCCAUUACCGGUAGAGAGUUUUAUUUACUAUCAUCUUCAUGACAUCCUUCUUAGUGAAAUCGGUAACAACAUAAUACAAGAUAAACAACAUUGUAUAGAUUGGAUGACGUAUUCCUAUUUUUACAGAAGAAUUCAUGCAAACCCUAGCUUUUACGGUGUUAAAGAUAUUUCGUCAUUUGGGAUUUCAGCGUAUUUGACUGAAUUAAUUGAAAAUGUUAUGAAAGAUUUAGUAGAAAGUUCUAUGAUUGAUAUAUCAGAAGAUAGAAAUAAAUUAAAGGCGUCGGAAGAUGAAACUGAUGAAGUUAUUUCUCCUUUGAAUGGUUGUUUAAUUAGUUCACAUAACGAUGUUUACUUUGUUACGAUGGAUACAUUUAUUAAGAAACUAUCAAAAACUUCGACACUUCAAGAUAUCCUUGAAACUCUUUCGAGUGCGACAGAAUUCGAACAGAUUCGUAUUAGAAAGAACGACUACAGUAAUUUGGUCAGAUUAAGCAAGAAGCUACCUCUAACAUUUUCUCUUGAUGCUACCAUGAAUAUCACAAGCUUUAAAGUUUUUACACUGUUACAGGCACAUUUCUCUAGGAUACCGCUUGAACCCGAGUUCAAAGAGGAUUUACGGUAUAUUCUAACCAAAUCUCUUCAACUUGUUAAUAGCAUAAUCGAUAUUCUUUCUGGUGAAGGUUGUCUCAACGCCACUACAGCCAUGGAUAUAUCCCAGAUGAUCGUUCAAGCUAUUUGGGAUGUUGACAAUCCUUUAAGGCAAAUCCCAUUCUUUGAUGACAAUAUCUUGGCCAAAUGUGCCGAAAAGAAAGUCGAGACUGUGUAUGACAUCAUGUCCCUAGAAGAUGAUGAAAGAAUGGAGAUUAUGAUGAUGGAAAAUAAGAAGCUUGUUAGAGUGGCGAACUUUGUUAAUAGCUAUCCUAAUGUAGCGUUACUUUAUUCACCUCUGAACAACUCGAAAAUUGCUAUUGAGCAACUGAUAAGCAUUACGGUAAAAUUAACUAGAGAUGACGAACCAGAGUCCCUAGAGGUCAUUACAGAGCAAUAUCCAUUCAAGAAAUUAGAAAAUUGGUGGCUUGUUAUAGGUGAAGUUUCCAAAAGAGAACUGUAUGCCAUCAAGAAAGUCUCCCUAAGUAAAGAGAGUCAAGAAUAUGAUCUCGAAUUCUCCUUGUCGAGUUCUGGGAACCAUGAAUUAACUAUAUGGUGUGUUUGCGAUUCUUACCUCGAUGCAGAUAAGGAAGUUUCUUUUAAGCUUGAAGUCAUUGAAUGA